GUUUGUUUUGUUAUUGAUUUUGAUGUGUCACACAUUUUAAUAAAUAAACGAAACCUGUGUUUACACGCACAAACAUAAUUUGGCCAGCUGGAUUUCCUUGAAUCGAUUUUUCAUUAUUUCUGUGUUUAUUCAUUUAAAUGAAUUAACUCGAUGCAUGAAUCAUUAGCCUCGCAAUCAUUGCCAUCACCACCACCACCAUCAUUAUCAUCACCAUCGACAACAACAAUAUCACAAUCGCCGGCAAUAAAUACAAACGAAUCGUCAUUUGUCAUUGAUAUAAAUGCUGGCCAAAUUCCAUCAAAAAAAUGGCCAAACACAUCAUCAACAUUACCAAAAGUAUCUGGAUAUUCAACCCGUCAUGAUCGUCAAUCAUCGGUACAGUUGAAAAUACAGACUGGUGUUGUUAGUAGUGGUCUGGCCAUCCAUCAAAAGGCCAGUUUUUGGGAAAAAUUUCGUCGUACAAUGAAUUAUAUUUUUUCACAUUUGUUGAUAUUAUUAUCACAAUUAUCACCGAUUGUGCAAUCAUUUUCCGGAUUAAUCAUAUUAUUAUAUCUAAUUCAAUUCGGUGGUGAAAUAACUGUCGAUUUUUUUGCACUAAUACCGGGUGAAAUUAUAUCACCCGGUCAAUGGUAUCAUACCAUUAUUGCAUUAUGGUCACACGCAUUUCUUGAAACACGUUUAACAUGGGUCAUAUUAGAUCUAUUGGUAUUAUCAUUUUGUGGUACAUUGAUCGAACCACUUUGGGGUCAUAAAGAGGUAUUACGUUUCAUGGUGAUAACAUUAAUUCCAACGGCCAUAUUAACAUCAAUAAAUUAUGUAAUCUUAUAUUGUUUGACAUAUGAUGGUAGCUAUUUAUUCAAUAUUCGUGUCCAUGGUUUUUUUGGAUUUUAUGCUGCAAUGGCAGUAACCGUUAAACAAUUACUGCCCCAAUCAAUAUUGUUUGCAACAUCUUUUGGUAGAUUAAAAAAUGAUCAUAUUGCAUUCACUAUAACAGUUAUUGCCACCAUAUUGUAUGCAUUCAAUUUAGUUGAUGGUGUUCAAGUGAUCCUAUUAAUCUAUGGUAUAUUAAUAUCAUGGCUAUAUCUUCGAUUCUUACAACCACAUACACGACAUCUUUAUAACUCAUCAGAUAUGGCAAUGAAUACGACAAUCACACGUGGCGAUCUAUCCGAUACAUUUGCUUUUGAAACAUUUUUUCCUAAUGUUUUACGUCCAUUAGUAGCGAUACCAUGUAAUUUAAUCUAUAAUUUUUUUGUCCGUAUAAAUAUCUGUCCUAAAAUACCAUCACCAGCGGCUCAAUUAUUGAUGGAUAAUGCCGAUUCAGCUGUUAAUUUUAGCCAAAUGCGAACACAAUUAUUUCCUGGACCAUCAUCAUCGUCGCAAUCGACAUUUCAAAAAUAUCAUCCACAUCAUCAUCAUCAUCAUCAUCAUCAAAAACAUUACUAUCAACCGGUUCCUCAACAAUCGCACAACAAUAUGUCACAAUCAUUACAACCAUUAUUACAGGAAAAUUUAUGAUGACAAAAAAA